AGCUCCAGGAGAGAUCCGCGGGCUCCGCCGGAGACUCCGAGGAAGAUGAACUGGGGCUUCUUGGAGAACGUCCUCAGUGGGGUGAACGAGUACUCUACUGUGAUCGGACGCAUUUGGCUCUCUGUGGUCUUUCUCUUCAGGAUCUUGGUGUACGUGGCGGCGGCCGAGCAGGUGUGGAAGGACGAGCAGAAGGAUUUUGUGUGCAACACCCAGCAGCCCGGCUGUGAGAACACCUGCUUCGACCGCUUCUUCCCCAUCUCGCAGGUGCGUCUGUGGGCCCUGCAGCUCAUCGUGGUGUCCACCCCGUCCCUGCUGGUUGCCCUGCACGUGGCCUACAGGGAGCGCCGGGAGGCCAAACACAAGCGCAAGCUGUACCGGGACAAAGGGAGCAUUGACGGGGGCCUGUUCUGCACCUACACGGUCAGCCUGGUCUUCAAGAUAGCCUUGGAGGUGGGCUCCCUGCUGGCUUUCUACUUCCUGUACAACGGCUUUGAGGUGCCCAUACUGCUCCGCUGCAGCCAGAGUCCCUGUCCCAACACAGUGGACUGUUACAUUGCCAGAGCCAAAGAGAAGAAGAUCUUCCUCUACAUCAUGGGCUGCACCUCCGUUCUGUGUGUCGCCCUGAACUUUGCGGAGCUCGUGUACAUUAUAUGGAAGCAGUGGUGGAAGUGUUUCACCAGGCGGUACGCCCCCGUGGAGCAGAACGCUCUCAGCCGCAGCCCGCCACCUGUUUCCGUUGUCAACAGGUUGGUCUCGGCCGAGCCCACAGCAAACACAGAUGACAGCAGCUCCCAGCCUGCAUCCGCCGCUGAAAACCAGCCUGUCCAGUCCCGGAGGGCUGGGACUGACUGA